AGUGACCCCCUACUCAUAUAAUCUUUUUAACAUUGCCUUGAGCAAAUUUCAGUUGCAGAGCUCCAAUGGUUGAUUCCAUAGCCUUUCCGGAAAAUCUUUUUGCCUUGUUCAACUUCAUACCCUUUCUUCUCAUGAUUUUCUUUCUAAUUUUGAAGUGGAAUUUCGAUGGGUUUGUUCCUUGGAAUUGGCCUCUUGUGGGGAUGACGCCCACAGUGGCCUGCCAUAUCCACCGAGCUCACGAUCGUAUAACCGAAGUCUUGAACCAAACCGGCUGCAGCUUCCUUUUCAAAGGUAUUUGGUUCACUGAUCUCGACUUCUUGUUGACAGCCGACCCUUCAAAUAUUCACCACAUUCUCAGUGCCAAUUUCGAGCGAUACCCAAAAGGCCCCGAUUUCAAGUACAUUUUUGACGUUUUGGGAGAUGGGAUUUUCAAUUCCGACUCUGAUUCGUGGAGGGAGCAGCGCAGAAUCGCUCAUUCAUUGGUUCGCCAUGACAAGUUUCUCCAAUUCCUGGAGGAAACCACGAUGAAGAAGGUAAAGGAAGGGGUGGUUUUGGUGCUUGAAAGUGUCUGUGAAGAUGGAUCGGUGUUGGAUUUGCAAGAUUUGUUUCAGAGAUUCUCGUUUGAUUCAACUUGUAUGUUGGUCACUGGCUUCGACUUCAACAGUUUAUCUAUUGAUUUCCCUCAAGUUCCUUUCUCCAAGGCCAUGGAUGACGUGGAGGAAGUGAUUCUUCUUCGCCAUUUCAUCCCUAAAAGUUUGUGGGAAUUGCAAAAGAAACUCCAAAUUGGACAACCCAAGAAGCUGAAAGAAGCUUGGGAAAUCAUAGAUCAAACCAUCGCCAAAUUGAUAGCCUUGAAAAGAGAGAGCUUGCAAAAAGAAGAGCCAGCCCAAGGAGCUGAUUUAAUCACAUCUUAUAUGGUAAACGAAGAAGAUGGUUUUGAGAAAAAUGAAAAUUUUUUGAGAGACACUGUUUUAAAUUUCAUGAUUGCCGGUCGGGACACUCUCAGCUCAGCUCUCUCUUGGUUUUUCUUCUGUCUCUCAAACAAUCCAACAGUUGAAGCAAAGAUAAGAGAGGAGCUCAAAUCAAUCAUCCCAGAAAAUGAAGAUCAUGAUCAAUGGAGGAUAUUUUCAAUCGAAGAGUUGAACAAACUAGUUUACUUUCAUGGGGCUUUAUGUGAAACACUUAGACUUUAUCCUCCAGUCCCAUUUCAGCACAAAGUCACUGUGGAAGCCGAUGUUCUUCCAUCGGGUCAUAAAGUGGAUCCUACAACUAAGAUUCUGUUUUCGUUAUAUGCAUUGGGGAGAAUGAGUGAAGUGUGGGGCAAAGAUUGUGAGGAGUUCAAGCCAGAGAGAUGGAUUUCAGAGAAAGGKAGUAUAAAACAUGUGCCAUCUUACAAGUUCUUGGCAUUUAAUGCAGGGCCAAGGACUUGCUUGGGGAAACAAGUGGCUUUUACUGAGAUCAAAAUGGUUGCGGCUGCCAUUAUUCACAACUACAACAUUAUUCAAGAAAUUGGUCAUAAGGUUGUCCCAAAUCCUUCCAUUAUUCUUCACAUGAAGCAUGGAUUCAAAGUGAAGAUCACAAAGAGAUGGAGCUGUGGUUAAAAGGGUAAGGAGGAAGAUUUUCUAAUUUGUUAGGCUCAAAUUACAUAACCAAAUAAUGAAAACAAUAAAUAUGGUGUGUUGUAAUGUUGUGAUAUAAUUACUUUCUUUCUUUUCUGUUUCCCCCCUUAAGUUAUUGGCUACUUAAUGUAAAUGUUGCAAUAAUGCCAACCCACUUGACUAGUAAGUAGUAAGUCAACGUGCUGGGUAAAGGUUUAGUUUUUAUAAAUUCCAUCGUCUUUACUUUUGAGAAUGUGAUUUUUAUUAAU